AUGGUCCUGGCUGGCUGUGACUCACACUGCAGACAUCCCAGGCUACAGACUGCAUCCCACGCUGCAGACAUCCCACACUGCAGACAUCCCAGGCUACAGACUGCAUCCCACACUGCAGACAUCCCACACUGCAGACAUCCCACACUGCAGAUAUCCCAGGCUACAGACUGCAUCCCACACUGCAGACAUCCCACACUGCAGAAUCCCAGGCUACAGACUGCAUCCCACACUGCAGACAUCCCACACUGCAGACAUCCCAGAAUGCAGACUGCAGACCGUAUCCCAGACUACAGACUACAUCCCAGACUACAUCCCAGACUACAGACUACAUCCCAGACUACAGACUAUAUCCCAGACUACAUCCCAGACUACAGACUACAACCCAGACUACAGACUGCAUCCCAGACUGCAGACUACAUCCCAGACUACAGACUACAUCCCAGACUACAUCCCAGGCAACAUCCCAGACUACAGACUACAUCCCAGACUACAUCCCAGACUACAGAGUACAUCCCAGACUACAUCCCAGACAACAUCCCAGACUACAGACUACAUCCCAGAAUACAGACUACAUCCCAGACUACAUCCCAGACUACAUACUAUAUCCCAGACUGCAGACUACAUCCCAGAAUACAGACUACAUCCCAGACUACAUCCCAGACUGCAGACUACAUCCCAGACUACAUCCCAAACUACAUCCCAGACUACAGAUUACAUCCCAGACUACAUCCCAGACUACAGACUGCAUCCCAGACUACAUCCCCGACUACAGACUACAUCCCAGACUACAGACUAAAUCCCAGACUGCAGACUUUAUCCCAGACUACAGACUACAUCCCAGACUACAUCCCAGACUGCAGACUACAUCCCUGA